UUCCACGCGCCGUCUCACGCGGAAUAAACUAUUACUUAAAUGUUGAUUUCCCACGUGCAUCGAGCCGAUACCGAGGACCGUGACACAAGAGCCGGAACAAAAACAACGUGUAACGCGUAGAAUUACCUCCUUUAAAUAGACGUGCAUAAAUGUGUUAUGAGUUAUCGUGUGUUAUCGUCUUUUAAUACCCGUUACCACAAGAUUUGAAUAAAAAAACUUUAAACUGUCCUUGCUUUAUCGAAGAAGGAAAAAAUUGAGGUCGUUUAAUAAUAAUACUACGAUAGAACGAAGUAUGAAGUGCAAGAACUAAAAAUUAGUUUAAAUAUCGAGGUCGUGAUAUGUGAAAGUAAUAAUUACAUUCGAUUGAUAAAAAGUAUUUUUCAAAAGUCGUGUAAAAACCUUGUUUAAUAUCGUUUCGUGCUAUAAAUGAAAAGCAUUUAGUAGCUUUUGUGCAAUAAAUGCUUAAAUAUAUACACUUUUUAAUUGAUUACGCUUUAAUCCUCUUCAUGAGUAAAUAGGAAAGAGGACAGGGAGGAAUUAAACGGAAAAAUAAAGAGAAAUUAUGUUUACUUUGAAAAUUGAUUUGGAAAUUAAUAUAUCUGUCCAUGCUCUUCACGUCUUUGUUAAGUACAAUUAACGCCUUGACUCGCGGAGGACCAAACAUCUAAUAUAGUUGGCUUGAUCUUCAUAUGCUGAAGCACGGAUCAUUGGAUCUUAAUUUUACGAACAUUCCACGCUCGUUAGUGAUCUCACAAGUGAGCGCAGAACCGAGCCCCACCGACGAGCAGCAGAUCAGCGCAGAUUCAGCAGGAAGACUUCGCCGAGAUCCAACCACCCACAAGUAUAAAACCUACCUAAUACUAAACGAAUCCCAUCGUCGAACACGAAGAGUUCUCAUCUAACUCUAUCACCAAGCCAGAUUCACCCAACCGCGCCGACAUCGUAGAAUGGUAGAGAGUGAAUUUGGUUCAAAGCACAAUCAGAAGUGUGAUGUAAAAGACGAGCGGCUAAACGGCUGUAGCUCUAAGGACCUCGAACUUGCCCGUAUUGGAACAAAGGGCAAAACCCUAGAUCCAGAGAAAGGAUCCAUCGUUAAAGCAGAUUUUGAGAAGGCCAUUGAACUUACCGACUAUGGCAAAUUCCACUAUUUCCUCCUCACGGUAUGCGGCUUCGUCAGCACUAGCGAGGAGAUGGACGUGAUUUCCAUGUCCUUCAUUCUACCUAGUGCACAAUGUGACUUGAAGCUCGAUACCCAAGCCAAGGGAUGGCUCAACUCCAUCAUCUUCAUCGGUAUGAUGGCGGGGGCGUACGCCUGGGGCUCCGUCGCGGAUGCCUUGGGUCGCCGGAAGGUUCUUAUCGCCAUCUCCUUCACGAACGCGCUUUGCAUCGUCGCCUCCAGCUUCAGCCAGUCUUAUGAACUAUUUAUGUUCUUCCGUUUCCUCAAUGGUGCCGCUCUUGGAGGCAGUGGACCCGUCAUCUGGUCCUAUUUCGCUGAAUUCCAGCCGAAGUCGAAGCGAGGCUCAAUGCUGUCCUUCAUGGCUGCCUUCUGGACCCUUGGGAAUCUUUUUGUUGCUGGUUUAGCAUGGUUGAUCAUCCCUAAUGACAUCGGUAUCACGAGCUUAGCAUUCACGUACAAUUCAUGGCGAAUCUUCCUGCUGAUCUGCGCUGCUCCAUCGUUUAUCGUCGCGGGGCUGCUCCUGCUGCUCCCUGAAUCACCCAAAUACCUCUUGACCUGCGGAAAACACGAAGAGGCGCUCGAUAUUUUCCGUGGGAUUUAUUCCAUAAACACUGGGAAACCGCGUGACAGUUACACGGUCAAAGAACUCAUUCUGGACGACUUUCAAGAACCGGAACCGACAAGAAAUAUUAUCGAAAGGAACAGAUGCAAGACAAUGCUCGCUGACAUCGUAGACAAUAGCAAACAACUGUUUGUCUCGCCGAUACUUCGUUUCACCGUAAUAUCGAUCAUCAUCAAUUUCACUUUCCAUAUCGGUUAUUACGGUCUUAUGAUGUGGUUCCCGGAGUUAUUUAAUCGUUUUGACGAAUUUCAUCGCGAUCAUCCAGACGACGUUGCUUCGAUAUGCCAAGUGACGGAUUACGUGGUACGAAAUGGUUCACAUAGCGAGAAUUUUUGUUCCGAUAAAAUUGGCGCUUCCGUUUUUAUGGAAUCGCUGAUCACCGUAGCGUCUGCUAUACCCGCGAACAUCCUCGCUGUUUUAGGAAUGGAUCGUCUUGGUCGUAAAUUCUUUUUGGUGUUUAGUACAUUUUCAUCGGGCCUGUGUUCAAUUGGAUUGUACUUCGUGUAUAGCAAACACCACAACUUGAUCGUUUCAGCAAUCUUUAGCGGGGUAAUAAGCUGCGGCAAUGCAGCCUUAGAUUGUUUAAUAACCGAGGUAUUCCCCACACAUCUUCGUGCGACCGGAAUCGCUAUUUCCAUGGUCGCAGCACGUCUCGGUGGAAUCAUUGGAAACAUCGUAAUAGCUCAACUUUUGGACUUGUAUUGUCCAGCACCAACUUUCAUCGUCGCUGCUCUUUUAAUUGGUGGAGGAUUAUUGUGCUUAUUCUUACCAAACACAACUCGGGAACCACUUUCCUGACAUCGUUGGAUAAUUAAAUCAAGCCGAACGCAUCACUGUACAACCGUACACGUAUUUGUUAAAGUGAUAAAAGUUACUGUGCCACAGAGGAGCGCAUUGUACGUUACAUACCAUGCAUUUGCUCGCAUUUACGAAAUGGUCACGAAAUGGUCACAAAUGGCGGGUCUCGUAGCGAUCGAGCUUCACAUUCCUAUUUUGCAUAUCAAGUUCGAAUGGCAAUAAAAGAAGUAGUGGUAAUUCAGUAACAUUUGUAGUAAAUAGUAGCAGAUAUUUUCAAGAAUAAAUGUGAAUGAAUCCAUACGGAAUUUUCUUUAUAAGAAAGCAUAGAAACAGUAAUGUAAGAGAUUCUCAUGUAUUUGCAAAUAUUAUAUGUUAGUACGUUUUGAUCUUUAAAUCGUGUGUGAAUUAUGUAUAUCGAUUUAUAUUAACCGUUCAUUCCUCGAUGUUUUUAACAUUUUUACUAUGUAUGUACUUUUGUAUCUUUUAUCAUUUGUUCAUAUACUCCAAACAUAAUCGUUGCUGUUGUGAGUUGGGUAUCCUAUGGCUUUGUAAGAUACAAGCCAUUUAAUAUGUAGAAGAAAACUAUAACGACAAAAGAAAGUAAAUUUUUCCUUACAGAACAA